AGGUAGCCCACUUCGCUCACGUAAACGGUCCGGUGAGUACAUGUCCCAAAACGUCUAGUGAUCCGGUUGAUUGAUUGUCAGUCAAAUCCAAGUGCAUGUACCUUGCCGUGGCGCUAAUAAUAAUAAUCGCGAGUUUAGUCAGGCUGCAAGUAAGUCGGAUUUUGAAUAUUAUCCAAUGGCCGCUUUUUAUCUAUUCUUCCAACACAAUUUCUGAUCUAUGUGACCUUUGCCACGCAUCGCCUGACGUCACUGGUUAUUACUGUGACGCACUCACCCUCCCUAUUUUGAAAUAUCUGCAAUGGGGCUCCGAAGUCUUUUAGUUAUGGCCAUAAGCCUCGUCGGGGCGAUGGGAUUUAUCCCCCAUGGUUCUAUUGGGGAAAAGGAGCAUAUUUUAACGGAAGCUUUGCUUCGUGAAGUCGUCGAGCGUAUGGGGCAAGGGUUCAACGACCCAGCGUCAACGUACCUCGAGUUCCCGUCGAGCGACCGGCACCUCGCUUUGAUGGCGCGAGCCAACAAAGAGUUGGAGCACGAGCAGCUAGACUACGACUCGUUGAUCGACGGCAACCCCAGCCCCAGCCUCAGAGACCAAGAGUACCUGCAGCACAGUUCGUUGUGGGGUCACCAAUAUGUAACCGGCGGAGCGGGUGAAGGAGAACAACGUCUUCAGCCCUCCGGUUUGGUGCCCAACAGGCAGAUGGUCAAGACCGAUGCUGUCCUUCCUGCUUACUGUAACCCACCCAACCCCUGCCCAGUCGGCUAUACUGAAGAACAAGGCUGUAUCAGUGACUUUGAGAAUACAGCCGCGUUCAGCCGUGAGUACCAGUUGUCUCAGCGUUGCAUGUGCGAUGGAGAGCACAUGUUCAGUUGCCCUCCAGAGCCGCCCUCAGACUUGGACAUGCGCUUCCCGGACCACCACAAGAAUCUUGUCGCCAAAAAGUACAAGAAUGAUGUGGAAAACCCCUACCUCCUGGGCGAACGUCUGCCGAUAGCCGCGAAAAAGGGAAUGGAUGUGCACGAUUAUUAAAUGUUAUCUCAUUAGCAUAGUCAUACAGCAUACUUUAAGAUUCUAGAUUUUAUUGAACUAUCUUACAGAUGAUAGGAAUAUAUUUGUGUAAACUUUUUUCUAAUCUAUUGCAACCUCAGGUAUGUAUAUAUAUUAAAGGUGUGGUAUUUUGUCUUAACAUCACGAUAUGGAAUCACUUAAAGUGAGUAUUUUUAUAAUGAUUUAGUUUAAUGCGGCAAAAUCCCAUUCUGUUCAUAAAAGUACGAGUGCGUUUUUAUUUAGGAUUUUAUCUUGUUUUACAUAUUUCUUAUGAAAAAUUUAUUAUAAUAUUAAUUUUAAUAAUUAACUGAAUUGUUAUUUUUUGUAAAAUGGUUGGUUUUAAGAUAUCUAAGGACAAUAUACGUCACAAUUUAUUUCAUCAUCCGUAGAUUAUAAGAAUCGUAUAAAAAAAUGCGGCGAUUUCUAAAUCUGAUAUAGCUAUUUAAAAUGUUUAUAUUUUAUUUAGUAAUAACUAUAAUAUACCUAAGUUAAAGUUCUAAAAAGCUAAAAACCUUUGGUUUUAGUUAAUCAAGAAGAACCAUCGCUUACCAAAUUAUUUUAUUUUCGUUACUAUGUUUCAUUCAAUUCAACAAUAAAAAAUACAAAAAUUUGUACAAAACCCAAAAUCUUAAUACGUUGCCUCAGAGGCUUAAUUUUGUGUGUAAUUACCAAAUAAAUAAAAAUAAAUUCAAAGAACAAAUUUUGUUAAUUUUUUAAAUUAAUUCUUAAUUAUUUUGGUCCUAUUAACAUUAUUAUUUAAAUAAUUUUAACAGAUAUUUUUGUUUUACUUGAAUUUACUAAAUUAUAAAAUAACUGCACUUGUAGAACAUGUAAAAAUACACACCUAAUUACGAUGUAGAUAACAUAUUAUUAACAUAUUAUUUAGGUAAAAAUAUAUAUAUAUUUUUAUAAAAAAAACAUACGAAAAACCAAAAAAAGGAACAGAUAUGAACUCCGGGCAACUAUAAUUGGUCAAGACAAAUUAUUAUAAUAUGUAUAUACGUAGUUAAUAAUUGUAAAACUAUAUUAUCUCAUAUACUCAAAGGUGUACUAGCCUUUGAGGUACACAUAAUGGUGUGAAAUAUCUAAAUUAAAAAUUUUGCUUAAUCUACUUCUCGUACUAGGCUCAUAGCCUCUAAAUAUAACUUAGCGGUAUAAGAUGUAAAUUUCUAUAAAAAAGACGAGUCUCGAAGUUACAGUUAUCCAUUGUACAAUAAUAAGAUUUUUUAGGUAAUAAAUGCCAUUUCUUUAAUAUUAAUAAUAAUAAUAAUAUAUUAACAGUACCGAUGUAUAACUGAAUUAAUAUUAGCAUUUAACAUUUUAUUUACAUUUUAUCUAACUAACACACACAAAACUGAAAAAUCUUCAAUUACUACUAAAAAAUGUAAUGGAAAACAGAAAUUAACCACUUGAAAACAAUAAUAUAACUAAAUAUGGAACCCAGUAUCCAUAAAAUUUCAUUCAAAAAAGUAGAAGAAAUAUGUAACCAAAAGUAUAAAAUAAAAGAUGAUAGAAUGCUUUUAAAAUAAACUUGGCUACUAAUCAAACUGACUUCUAUUUUUUUUUUAUUAGCAAUAUAUAAUAUACGUAUAAUUUGUAUUAGCAUUAUUCGCCUCUAAAACUUUACAUUGUCCUCUUAAUUACUUUAAUUACGUAAAAAAGACUAUCUAAUCUUCAGUUUUAACUGAAGGUCUGUAGCAAGCAUUACCCAUUAUUAUCUUUGAUACUUUAAACACAACUUAGUAUGUCAGUUAUUUUUCAACAUCUACAUUUGGAACAUAAUAUAUCCAAAGACGUCAAGUAUUUAAGUUUGACUACAAAAGAAGACUUCAAAAAUAAUUUAAUUAAAGUUGUAGGGCAGACAGGACUGUGUGUUGAUUGUCCAGAUUUAGAUUUCGUUUAAAGUUUUAAAACAUUCUUCUUAAAACAAGAAGAGGUAAAAUAAUUGUUUUUAUCCAUUUGAAACAUUUCUUGGAAUGUUCUUUUUAAUUUUCUAGAAGCUAAAAUCUAAUUUUUCUGUCGCUUAGUUAUAUAAGCUUUUUAACAUAAAAAUAGAACCGAUUCAAACACGUACUUUGAUUUUAACAAAAAAUACUAAACCGAUUUUCAUAAAAAAGAAAUAAGACCAAUCUGUAUAUAAGUAAGUUUUGACGACCUCCGUGGCGCAGUGGUAUGCGCGGUGGAUUUACAAGACGGAGGUCCUGGGUUCGAUCCCCGGCUGGGCCCCGAUUGAUAUUUUCUUAAUUGGUCCAGGUCUGGCUGGUGGGAGGUUUUGACCGUGGCUAGUUACCACCCUACCGGCAAACACGUACCGCCAAGCGAUUUAACGUUCCGGUACUAUGCCGUGUAGAAACCGAAAGGAAUGUGAAUUUUCAUCCUCCUCCUAACAAGGUAGCCCGCUUCCAUCUUAGAUUGCAUAAUCACUUACCAUCAGGUGAGAUUGUAGUCAAGGGCUAGCUUGUAAAGAAUAAAAAAAGUAUACUCUUUCAAACAAAAAAAAAUAUUUUUGAAAUGACGAAGUUAUAAGGUAACAAACAUUAAAAGUAGAACCUCGUCCUUUUUUUGAAGUCAGUUAAAAAUCAGAAGUAUCAAUGGUUAAAAUAAACUCUGUACCUACUAUUGGUUUUUUGACAGUUGUAACGAUAAAAUAUAAAAUCUGUUUGUUAAGUUAACUUGUAGGUAAACAAUAAUAAUAUAGCAUUCAAAUAAAUAGAUUUUUUUUUUAAUUUUUGCAAAAUUAAUUUGAGAUUUUUAGUCUUUGACUUACUGAUCACCUGUCAGGUGUAACAUUAUUUUACUUUGUUUGUUUGUUUAUUAAAAUGUGACAUCACAGCUCACACUUGACCAGUUGUUUUCCAAUGAAUGGAUUUAACAUAUAUUAUUAUUUUGUCUAUUAAAUUACAUUUGGCUGGUGGGAACAUCUUUUUCAAAAAACCCUACGUAUUUUUCCAUAAUUUUAAAAUAUUUUUCCAAAACUGUCAAGUAACCAAUUAAAAAUUUACAUUAAUAUCAAUAACCUCAUCCUUACAUAAUUGUUAAAUAAAUAAAAAAAAAGAUAAACCUGACAAUAUUUGAAUCCCUUACUUAUUUUAGAAAACAAUAUAAUACCUAUUUGAAUCCACGAUCACAUGUGUAUAAUUAAAAAUUAGUUACCUAGAAUAUUAAUAACAGGUUGACCUUGUAAAUAUUAAGUAAAACGCGGUCAUCUACAUAAUAUAAAGAAGAAUUAUUUAAAAAGAUGAAAGGAUUGUAGUGGUGUAAAUAAAUAUUUUUUUUUUUAAAUAAAUAUACUUAAACAAUACACGUCACUAUCUAGCCCCAAAGUAAGCAUACAGAGUAACUUGUGUUAUGGGUGCUAAGAUAGUUGAUAUUAUAAUAUUAAUAUACAAUACAAUUAUAUUUAUUUAUUUAUUUAUAUAAUGUAUAAAUGCAAACAGACACUGGAAAACACCCAUGCUCAUCACACAAAUAGUUAUUAUUAAAUAAAUAAAUAAAUAAAUAUAUUUAAACAGCAGUAAAACUAGUUAACCUCAUCCUACCCUAUUAACAAAGAAUAUUACUAUAAUAUUAUUAUAUUAUAUUUAAAAAUAAUACAUAGCUGCCCGUAUAAAAACAAUUAUUAAGAAGAAACAAUGCUUAUUUAUUUCUCUCUAUUAUUUAUUUAGAUUUUUAAAAAGCUUUACCUAAAAUCGUUUCAAAAAAAUUACUAAAAAUACUAUUUUUGUGGUGUUUCUCAACAGAGAGUUCCGGGGUAUGAUUCCCAGAACGUUUAGGUUAUUUAGGUUCAGGUAUUAAGUUCAGGAUUUAAUAUUUCCUUAAUAGGCACUGAGUAUGGUCUGAUGGUUGGCUUCGGCCUUAGCUAGUUACCACCCUACGGGUAAAGUCGUACCGGCAAGCAAUUUAGCGUUCCGGUACGAUGCUGCGUAGAAACCAUCAGAGGUAUGGGUAAAAUAUACUUGUACCUCUUCCAAGUUAGCCCGCUCCCAUUUUAGACCGCAGCGUCACUUAACAUCAGAUGAUAUCGCAGUCAAAAGCUAGUACUUGUCAUAAAAUAAAAAAAUAUAUAUGUAUUUUUUUCUUGAACGGGUAGCUAUGUCACCACAAUGCCUUCAUUAUAAUUAAGACAAAUUUUUUAACCCCAAGUGACUUAACAGCAAUGCUUACUCUAAGAAAAAUAAUAUUUACACAUAUAGUUACCACCCUAUUGACAAAGACGUACCGCCAAGCGAUUUAGUGUUCCGGUAAGAUCGUGUAGAAACAGAAAGGCUUGAAUUUUUAUCCUCCUCCUAACAAGUUAGUCCGCUUACACAUUACAUUGCAUCAUCACUUACCAUCAGGUAAGAUUGUUAUCAAGGACUAACUUGUAAAGAAUAAAAAAAAGUUCGCUGGUUUGAUGUCCAUGGUCUUAUUAGUAAAUUAUUGUAUAUCUAUGGUUUACAUUGAUACAAAUAACAUGAAUUGUUAGUUCAACACUUUCCUGAAAAAUAGUCUUGAUUGAAAGUGGAAGGUCUGUGUUUAAUCCUUUUUGUCCUUUAUCUCCAACAUAAUAUAUCUAUAAAAAAACCCAUAAACGUAAAUGUGAUUAAUUUCAUAUGAAACACAGCUAAAACUCACAUGAUACAACGGGGUAUGCCCAACUAGUUUCAUAAUCAAUUAAUUAAUUAGUUCUUAAUCAAUUAAAUUAAUUAAUUCACGAUAGUUUAAAUUCUAAAAAACGUAAAUAUUGCCUUUCUUAGAGAGCCACGCUGUGGUAAAUCUAUAUUACACAUAAUAUAUUAUAUAUUAUUUAUAUGCACUAUAACGGCUGCUAUGGUGCAUUUUCGUAAACAUAAAAAAUAUCUAUAUCUAAACGAUUAUAAAAAUACAUAUUUUUUUAUGUUUACAAAAUACAUAAUACUUAAAGAUAUAUGUGAUUUGAAAUUCCCGAAAGUCUU